AAAGCAUGCUGGGUAUUCUACCUCUUUCACCAUCGUGACUCAAAAAGUGACUAAAAACCCACUUGGGAAGAAUUGAAAAGUCACAUAAGCCGUAAAAAUGGUGUCUUCAAAGAAACAGAAAAAGGCCAUGGAGAGUAUCAACUCUCGUCUUGGUUUAGUCGUCAAGAGUGGAAAAUACACUUUGGGCUACAAAUCAACCCUAAARACUCUUCGACAAGGCAAGGCCAAGCUAGUCAUCAUCUCCAGCAACACUCCUCAAUUAAGGAAGAGUGAGAUAGAAUACUAUGCUAUGCUUGCGAAGACUGGAGUUCACCAUUACACUGGUAACAACAUUGAACUAGGAACCGCUUGUGGAAAGUUCUUCCGUGUGUCUGUACUCAGCAUUACAGAUCCUGGUGAUUCAGAUAUCAUCCGCUCUAUGCCGUCAGAGCAACAGCCACAAUCAUCUUAGGCAGAAUACUUGUAAUGUUACUAAAAAUAAAAUGAAUUUAUGAAAAA